AUGCCCAGAGAAAUUAUCACAAUUCAGGCCGGCCAAUGUGGCAACAACGUCGGCAGCCAAUUCUGGCAACAGCUUUGCUUGGAGCAUGGGAUAAGCCAAGAUGGGAACUUGGAGGAGUUUGCUACCGAGGGCGGUGAUCGCAAGGAUGUCUUCUUUUACCAGAGUGAUGAUACCCGGUAUAUUCCUCGAGCGAUCUUGCUGGACCUGGAACCUAGAGUCCUCAAUACGAUUCAAACCGGUCCUUAUCGGAACAUCUACAAUCCUGAGAACUUUUUCGUGGGACAACAGGGUGUUGGUGCAGGUAAUAACUGGGGUGCUGGGUACUCCGCGGGUGAGAGUGUACAAGAGGAUAUCUUCGAUAUGAUUGACCGCGAAGCCGAUGGUAGUGAUUCGCUAGAGGGGUUCAUGUUUCUGCAUUCGAUUGCAGGAGGUACCGGGUCUGGAAUGGGAAGUUUCAUCUUGGAACGGAUGAACGAUCGAUUUCCCAAAAAGCUGAUUCAAACAUACUCCGUCUUUCCGGAUACUCAAGCGGCAGAUGUUGUGGUCAACCCGUAUAAUAGUAUACUUGCAAUGAGGAGAUUGACACAGAACGCUGACUCUGUGGUGGUUCUGGAUAACGGAGCCCUUUCAAGGAUCGUUGCCGACAGACUUCAUGUGCUGCAGCCUUCGCUCCAGCAAACGAAUCAGCUUGUUUCAACUGUUAUGUCUGCAUCCACUACCACCCUCCGUUAUCCUGGUUACAUGCACAAUGACCUUGUCGGGAUCGUCGCUUCUCUUAUCCCUACGCCACGCAGUCACUUCUUGAUCACCUCCUACACGCCAUUUACGGGUGACAAUAUCGAACAAGCCAAGACGGUCCGUAAGACCACCGUGCUUGAUGUGAUGCGUCGUCUGCUGCAACCCAAGAACCGCAUGGUUUCAAUCAACCCCAGUAAAUCCAGCUGCUAUAUUAGUAUUCUCAACAUUAUCCAGGGUGAAGCCGAUCCCACCGACGUGCACAAGUCCCUGCUCCGUAUCCGCGAGCGGCGACUGGCAUCUUUCAUUCCUUGGGGUCCAGCUAGUAUCCAGGUCGCACUGACGAAAAAGUCACCGUACAUUCAGAACACCCACCGUGUCAGCGGGCUGAUGCUGGCGAACCACACAUCGGUGGCAACGUUGUUCAAGCGGAUCGUCCAGCAGUACGAUCGACUGCGGAAGCGAAACGCUUUCAUCGAGCAGUACAGGAAGGAGGCCCCAUUCAGUGAUGGAUUCGGGGAGUUUGAUGAAGCCAGGGCUGUGGUCAUGGACCUCAUUGGAGAGUACGAGGCGGCGGAAAAGGAGACCUACCUUGACCCAGAUUCCGGGAAAGAGAAGGAGAUGGGGGUAUAA